UUUCGCCAUUGCAUUAUUUCUCACACGUGCCACAAAAAUCAUCACCCUCACCUCCCAUUCUUUUCAUUUUGUUUGUCAGCAUAAAAAAAACAGACAAACACACAGAUACACUUUCUUUUCCCAUUUUUCAUCUAUACACCAUUACAAAGAAAAACAGAGCAAGAGAAUUUAUAUAUUUUUUAUUAAGCAAAAAAAAAAAAAAGUUGGUGAAGAGCGAAGAAGAAUGUCAUGGGUAAGGUCAGCGGUGAACAAAGCGGUGGAAGGUGGGCAAAGCAAUUUCGGACGUGCCGUUCGUACCUACGCCGACUCCGUCGUGCUCCAUGCAAGCAACGCCGUCGCCGGCGGUGCCAGAAUCAUCCAAGAUCGCAUUGUGGCUCGGAAUAUGCAAAGUUUUAAGCACACUGUAAAACGGUUAGAAGAAGUUUCUGUUUCGUGUAGAGGGAUAGAGAGAGUUCAGUUGCUAAGAAGAUGGCUAGUUGCACUUAGGGAAGUUGAGAGACUUACUGUUACCUGCAAUGGAACCAAGGCUAAAGAUCAAGACAACGAGUUUCUUCAUGAUGAAUCCAAGGAUUCACCUACACCACAACCCACUUUGAUUUACUAUGUAGACCCUGCUGCUCCGGAUGAACUGAAAAAUUUCCGCGAUGUCUUUCUUUCCAGUCAAGCUCUUGAGGGCAUAACGAUGUCAAUGAUUCUUGAUGCACCAAAUGAGGAAGAAGUUUCACUACUUUCAGAGAUAUAUGGACUCUGUAUUAAAGGAGGAAAGGAAGAACAUACUGCCUUGUUAUCCAGUGUACAGGAUUUGGCAAAAGCAUUUUCUGGAUAUGAAGUUGAAGUGCUGGCAAAGCGAGAAGAGCUACUUCAAUAUGUCCAAAAUGCAAUUUCAGGGCUGAAAGUAAAUGCUGAUCUAAUCAGAAUAGAAGUUGAAGCAUGCAACCUGAAGGAAAAAAUUGAGAAUAUGAAGGCAGACAGCCAAGAUGGAAAUUUUGUAAAUUCACCUAAAGCAACUGCAGCAAUAGAGGCUCUUGAUGAAGCUAUGGUAACAAUUCAAAUGUGUUCUACAUUGGAGGAACUCUUACUGAAAAAGAAAUACUUUAGCUAUGGUGAUUCUCCACAACUUCAUGCUGAUAAGGUUGACAAAUUGAAAGUUUUAUCAGAGUCUCUUGCAAAUUCUAGCACAAAAGCUGAGACUCGCAUUACAGAAAACAGAUCUCAAAAAGAAGAAGCACUUCAUUUUCGGGUAACUAAAUCCAACGAGGUUAGCCAAGUUGAAAAGGAAUUAGCUGUGGAGAUUGGAGAACUUGAGAAGCAAAAAGAUGAGCUUGAAGAUAGACUGAAAAAGGUCAACAACUUGUUGACAUCUGCACGAGUACGCCUCCACAAUGCAAAAGAAGAAAGAGAGCAAUUUGAUGAGGCAAGCAAUGAAAUUAUUGCACUUUUAAAAACAAAGGAAGAUGAGAUGGUGCGGGCCAUUACUUCUUAUACGGUAGAAGCCAAUGUUGUUGAUACAUGGAUCAAAUUUCUAGAGAGCACAUGGGUUUUUCAAGCUUCACAUACAAAGAGAAAAGAGGAGCAGGUCAAAGCUGAACUAGAGAGCUAUGGAGAUCAUUUUGUGAAUUUGGUGGUUCAUCUUCUGUAUUCUUACAAGGAAAAUUUGGGUUUAUCUCUUACUCAAAUAAGAAUACUUGUGGAGAAUUUAAGAUCCAGUCAAGGGUUAGGAAUAUCAUCAGCAACAGACAAUGAAGGUUUGAAAUUAGUGAAUCCAAGAAAAAAUCUUGAAGAAGAAUAUUUGGAUAUCGAAUCCAGGUUUUUAGCCACUCUGAAUAUAGUGGACACCAUGAAGAAGCAAUUUCACAUUCAACAGGAAGGCAUUUUCAGAAAAGACAUUGACAUAGUCACAGAACUGUUUGAUGCCAUCGAGAAAAUAAAAGGCGAAUUUGAAUCUAUUGAGAGGCCAAAACUGGAACUUGAGAGUCCAACUGUAAGGUCAGAAACACCAUCAAGUCAAAUAACCUUCAUAACUCCUUCGCAUCCCUCAAUGGCUAAUAAGCACAAGCAAGAUGGAGUGAUUAACUCUCCCUCAGUGACUGGAAGAUCACAAAUAGAAAUAGAACUUGAUAAAUUAAGCGAAGAUGACUCAGCAGAAGAGAUAUGUGAGUGGGAGUUUGAUGCUUUUGACAAAGAUCAUCACUCCAGGAGUUGAAUAACAAGAAUAUAGACCAAAACCACUGAUGUAUUGUAAAAAGAAUGAAAUUAAAAGGCAUCACAUUGCAGUUUCUUUGGAAGGUUGUGAUUUUGGCUUACUCCAUUACUCAGAUAACUAAGUUGUUCAAUCAAUGGAUGUACAUGAAACAACUUUGGUCCACUGAUAAUUGUAUUUGUACCAUAUUCAUCCUUGACGAAAUGUAGAUAGAUAUAUUCGACCAUGUACUUUCCUAGAUAAGCCUUGUUUGUGUAACAUUUUUGUGACUAAGAAAAUUUGUUUUUAUGACA